AAUAAUUUUUAAGAGGAGGAAAAAAGAAUAUUGUUCAGGGCGGCUGAAAUCCAAAUCACUCAGCUACUGUUUUGUGCAUCUCCCCCUGUUUCUGUACUGGUUAAAAAUCACUCUCAUCUUUCUUCCUAUUCUUAAAAGAGCUUUCAUUCGUGGUGUAACGGUAGCACAAUCGUCGGGUAUUUGAGAAGUCUAGGUUCGAGUCCCGAGGAGGGCACGGCUCAUUUUUCAUGUACUUCUGCUUCAAAAAAUCCCUAAUGUCUCUACAGUGUAAAAAAAAAAAAAAAAAAAAAAAAAAACAAAGUCUAUCGCCUGGGAGAAAUAGAGUUGAUACUAAAGGCAAUCCUAGCAAGUUCUAUUAUAAGAGAUGCAAUCACUUCUUCAGUUACAUUUGUAAUAGCACCAGAUACCUUCCAUGAAAUCAAAAGCAAGAGAAGACCAUAGAUAACAUUUUGCCAAUGACUGCAACGAAGGAAGGCACCCAUACGACAAUUACCGCAUCGCCGGAACUAAACAAUAGUCACCAUGUCGAAGAAGAGGAAGAAGAAAUGGAUAUCUUGAUGCCAGAACCACCUGAUGGCGGAUGGGGCUGGGUCGUUGUUUUCUGUUCCUUCAUGAUCCACGUCAUCGCCGACGGUGUGACAUAUACAUUCGGUAUAUUCUACAUGGAGUUACUGAGACAUUUUGGAGAAAGUAAAGGUGCAACUUCUUGGGUGGCAUCCAUCAUGGUUGGAACAACAUUUUGUGUGGGUCCUUUCGCAAGUGGUCUUACAAAUCAAUAUGGAUGUAGAACAGUGACCAUUAUCGGAUCUUUGCUAGCUGCAUUUGGCCUGAUAGUGAGCACCUUCGCUCCUAGCAUCACCUUCCUUUACUUUAGCAUUGGGUUAUGCACCGGAACGGGUUUCGGCCUAAUGUAUCUUCCAGCAAUAGUCUGUGUAACCUGUUAUUUUGAAAAGAAACGAGCAUUCGCGACUGGUAUUGCAGUCUGUGGAUCUGGCAUCGGAACUUUUGUGUUGGCGCCAGUGACAGAAUUGUUGGUAGAUAGUUUCGGAUGGCAAGGUGCAAUGCUUGUUACAGCAGGAUUCGUACUCAACUGCUGCGUCUUUGGUGCACUUUUCAGACCUUUAGAGAAAAAACCUAUAGUCAGAAAAAUGACACGAUUCUCCAUCUCUUCGAAUCUACCUUGUAACGGAAAUCUAAGAAAGGGAUCCUUACCAAACGGUACUUUAGAAAAUAACGGCGAAGUUUCUCUGGCUCCACUCAAAUCUGAAAAUUUAAAGAAGCACUCGGCAUCAUUACUCGGUAUUAAUCACUAUACUCAGCAUCCGUCUUCCAGUUACCAAAUUCAAAAUGCAACUUCCAUGACACUCAGCUGCGGAACAAAUUCGUCUCGACGAUCUUCCGUACGCUUACGAACUGGAGCUUUGGCUCGCAAAGAUAUCUUUUACAGUGGCAGUAUUCGCAACCUUCCUGAAUACCAAUCCUCUAAUCUUUAUUUAUACGAUAUGCAAGUAGAGGAUGAAGGUGCAAAAGAAAUAGACACUCAAGAAGCCACAAUUCUAGCGCGAAUUCUUAAUUAUAUAUUCCCGCCAACUAUGAAACAAGCCUUCAAGGAAAUGAUGAACUUUCGACUUAUGGCUGAUGUCAUAUUUCUUAUGUUUGGUUUUUCGAAUUUUUUCACAAAUAUUGGAUUUAAUGUUCCCUUUGUUUACACGAAAGACAGAGCCGUUGGCCUGGGGAUAGCCGAAGAAGAUUAUGCGAGUUAUUUGCUGUCUGUGAUUGGUAUAGCGAAUACUGUUGGUCGAGUCAUUUUAGGAUAUUUGUCAGACCGUAGCUGUAUCAACAGACUUUGGUUAUACAAUGCUAGUCUCACUUUAUGUGGUCUUGCUACAGCUUUUAGUUCCUUCUGUCGGGAUUAUUAUCUCAUGGCUCUUUAUGCAGCUGUUUUUGGAGCAACGGCAGGCGCUUAUGUAAGCUUAACAUCCGUCAUUUUGGUAGAUCUUUUAGGACUUGACAAAUUGACCAAUGCUUUUGGACUUUUAUUAGUUUUUGAAGGAGUCGCCUGCCUAAUUGGUCCCCCAAUCACAGGUUGGUUGCAUGAUUACACCGGAUCUUAUGAUUCUGGUUUUUAUGUAUCAGGAGGAAUGAUUGCAUUCAGCGGGAUGAUGCUCUUUUUCAUUCCUGUUGUUAGAAAGAUUUCGAAUGAUCAAAGCAAAACAUUACCUCCAGAUAUUGAAUUUACUUCCUCUCCUACGCACUCUCAAAGCCCUGUUAUAGAAGCUAAAUCGAACGAAGAAGUCUGAGCGAAAGUUAAGCAUUCAGUACAAAACUGCAGUUUUACUGACAGAUUUUUUUUCAAUCAAUUUGUCAGUGAAAUCGACUUGACAUGAAGCUUCCAGAAAAGCAUCUUAUAUUAGCCAAAAUAAAUGAUACAGCUGAUAUAUGAAGAGGCGAAAUGUUUCGAUUACAUUAUGUGCCUUUCAGAUGAACUAUUUUUGUGUAAAAUUCAUCUCCAGAAUUAGACGGCAAAGCUAUUAAUGGAAUUUCUGUAAAACUGCAACUACCUUGAAGAAAAUUAUGCUGUUUUUUUCCUAUUAUUUUUAAUUUAUUAUGAAUGAUAGGAGUAGUCCAAACAUUUUCUUCAAAAUUUAAAGCAAUUUUUUUUUUUCUUUUCAUAUAGUUUCUGCAUUACUUAGUGCAGCGUUUCUCAACCGAAAUUCUCCGAAAUCGUAUUAUUCCUAGAAGAAAACUCGUAAGUAAACUCGUAAAAAUUCGUAUUAAUAUUCGUAAAAAUAGUAAUGGAUAGGUUAAUUAUUUACUCAUAACUUCGUUAACUUAACUUUGACGUACAAAAUUAUACUAAUUAUUGCAAUUUAAUUAAAUUAACAUAAUUGAUAUUGAUUCAUCUCCCACCUUUCAACAUUGUUGAUAAACGAAUAUGUUUUUGUAUAAUAAGAACCUGUUUUCAUUCUGUUUAUAUCCAAUAUUAGCAAUUUCUAUUAUUUUUGGUAUUUAUAAAGUGUGUGGUUAAAUUUUUGCUAGAAUGAAGAUCUUUGUCUAAGGUUCCUUAAACCUUAGAUACAGGUCAUUUUUAGGGCUUUUUUUUCCCCCUUCUCAUUAGGCUUGAGAAAAACACAAAUUAUAUUUUACUUACAUGAGCUAUUGGAAAUAAAUAUACUGUGUUUCAUUUAUAAGUUUAAUAUUUAUGACAUAUAGACGAGAUAUGCCAUUUACAUUAAAUAAUUUUUAUUCAGGAAUCUCUGGGACAUGCUCAUUACUUUAAGGCUUCUUCUACGAUGACAAAAUGGUUGAGAAACGCUGCUGUUAUUUAUCGUGAUGAAUAAUGUCAAAUAUCGCUGAAGAUCUUGAUUUAAGAUUUAAAAUAACCGUAAUAUCUAAUAAAUCUUGUUUCGUCAAUUCUAAUGGAUGUUUUUAAAUAAUAUCAAACUAUGCAGGUGCAUUUAGACUCACUAUAAUGCUCACUUACGAAGUUUUCAGAACUCAAGACUAGAAAAACUGAGAAUUGGUUAAGAAUGGUUAAGACCUCGGUUAACAUAUCACUUUGCUUAGACGUGAUGUUUCAUGACGAUUUUUGAAUAAAACAAAAAUGUAAUAUAUGGAUGUAUGUACUUUAUAAUUAAUUGUCAUUUUUAUGCGCGAUACAUAUUUCAUGUGUGAAACGCGUUAAUAAUUUAUUUGAAAAUAAGCAUUUAGCCUGGCAACUGUAUGUGAACUUAAUUGUAUUUAGACAAUUAUAAUCACAACUGACUGGAAAUUUAAAAUUAACAAGGCAACAACCUUGCGUUUGGCGUAGAUUUAGUCAAAAUCUCAAGAUCUGACUUAAAAUUGUCGAUUUUAAAUGCUUCUGUAUUUAUAGACGCAUUUGUUGCAUUCGAAUGAAAUUUUUACUGAAAGUUAUAAAUGUAAAGGUUUUAAACAUACAUAUUCUUUCCUAUAUUCAUAAAUUUCUCAUUUUCAGAAUCAUUUUGAGAUUUCGGUGAACUAAUUCUUUGAAACAAAGAUAUUGUAUUGUAAUUGGAUUGCUAUUUUCAAAUUAAUCAAAGGUGUUGGUAUUAAAUUAGAAUAUAAGUUUCAAAUUGAAUUGAUAAAUAUUUUUAAUACA